AUGAAACUGUUCUUUUCAGUGUUGGCAAUCCUCUUGCUUUUCAUUGUGAGUGAGGUUUCAGCUUCAACAUGCUAUGGCAUUCCAGGAACAAACACUUCUACUUGUGGCGGUAAUAUUUGCUUCGGAAAUGAUAAUUGUCUUUGUGUUGAUAUUUCCCCUUCUACAGCCCUUACUGCUGAGUCGCCAAUUCUCCUCGCAACGAACACAUUAACAUCUGCUGAUGGAAAAAUUGCACUUACAUUGAACAAUGAUGGAAGUCUUUCUCAAUUUUAUGAGGGUGUUUUCAUGAAAAACUUUCAAAGAUCAGUGGGUCCUGCAAAAAAUGGUGGCUACAAGCUUGUGCUCAGCCAAGAUGAUGGUUCUCUAAAGAUUAUGGAUGGUGCUUCUUUGAUUACCACUCUUGAUCCAAAAAAUGAUUGUGGUACCCAUACUGGACCUUUUAAAUUUGUUCUUCAAGUCGAUGGCCAUUUGGUUGUUUAUUCCUCCACUGAUCAUUGCUUUACGUUAAAUGCCGAGUCAAUUACCGGUUUUCCUUCUGUAAAUGAUUUGACAAAUUAUGGUGUUUUGUGGGGAGGUAGUGAAUGUAAAACUCCAAAGUGUAAUGGUAUCGUGGCCACACAUCCAGAAGCAUGUCCAACAUAUGCCACAUGUGUUGCUCCUAAUACUUGUCAAUAUCCAACAUGUAAUGGAAUUUCAGGUGACAACUCUACUGUAUGCUCAGGUCACGGAACAUGUACAAAAACUGAUACUUGUGACUGCGAAUCUACCACUUACUCUGGUUCAAACUGUCAACUUUUUACAUGUGGUGAUUAUUUGAAUACUGACCGCAAAGUUUGCUCAGGACAUGGAAGUUGUGUUGCUCCAAACAGUUGUUCCUGCUCAUCUGGAUACAGUGGUGAAGAUUGUAGUUUAUUCAAAUGUUAUGGAAUUGCCCCAGGUAUAAGUUCAUCAGUUUGUUCUGGUCGUGGUAGUUGCAUUGCCCCAAAUAAUUGUUCAUGUGCUUCAGGUUACUUUGGUGACUGUAGCCAAUAUGAAUGUUUUGGUACCUUAUUUACUUCUUCAUCAGCUUGUUCUGGUCAAGGAAGUUGUAUCUCACCAAAUAAUUGCUCAUGCUCUAAUGACCACUAUGGAAAUGAUUGUAGUCAAUUUGAUUGUUUUGGAAUUGCCUCAACAAAUGGUUCAGCUAUUAUGGAAAUGAGUGUACUCAAUAUGAUUGUUAUGGAACUUCCUCAACAAGUGGUUCAGUUUGUUCUAGAUAUGGUGAGUUGUAUCUCCCCAAAUAACUGUUCAUGUUUAGUUGGAUAUUAUGGAAAUGAUUGUAGCCAAUUUGAUUGUUAUGGAACUAUAUUCACGAGUGGUUCAGUUUGUUCUGGACACGGUAGUUGUGUUGCCUCAAAUAAUUGUUCAUGUUCAUCAGGCUAUUACGGAAAUGAUUGUAGUCAAUUUGAUUGUUAUGGAAAUGUAUCAACAAGUUCAGCAUGUUCAGGACAUGGUAGUUGCUUGUCACCAAAUAAUUGUUCAUGUGUCUCUGGAUACUAUGGAAGUGAUUGUAGCCAAUUUGAUUGUUAUGGAACUGCCUCCACAAAUACAUCAUCAUGUUCUAAUCACGGAAGUUGUAUCUCCCCAAAUAAUUGCUCAUGCUUAUCAGGCUAUUAUGGAAAUGAGUGUACUCAAUAUGAUUGUUAUGGAACUUCCUCAACAAGUGGUUCAGUUUGUUCUAGACAUGGUAGUUGUCUCUCACCAAAUAACUGUUCGUGUUUAGUUGGAUAUUAUGGGAACGAGUGUACUCAAUAUGAUUGUUAUGGAACUGUCUCAACAAGUGGUUCAGUUUGUUCUAGACAUGGUAGUUGCAUCUCACCAAAUAACUGCUCCUGUUCAAGUGGAUACUACGGAAAUGAUUGUCGAAAAUUUGAUUGUUAUGGAACUGCCUCAACUAGUGCAUCAGUAUGUACAAAUCACGGUAGUUGUAUCUCCCCAAAUAACUGUUCCUGCUCAAGUGGAUACAGUGGAUCAGAUUGCAGUUCUUUCAAAUGUUUUGGUAUUGCCCCAAGCAAUGCCUUUGUUUGUUCUGGUAAUGGUACUUGUAAUUCUCCAAAUAAUUGCUCCUGUUCAGCUGGAUAUUUUGGUAAUGAUUGUAGCCAAUUUAAUUGUUUUGGAAUUUCCUCAACUGCAUCAGCUUGUUCUGGAAAAGGUAGAUGUGAUUCUUUCGAUCAUUGUUCUUGUCAACCUGGAUAUUCUGGAAGUGAUUGUGCUCAAUUCACUUGUGGUGGCAUUUCUUCUAAUGCUUCAUCUGUUUGUUCUGGACAUGGUAAAUGUACAGACUUUAAUACUUGUGUUUGUGAUAGUACAGCUGUCAAGGGUUUUUGGACUGGUUCAGUUUGUUCAGUAUGUGUUUCUCCAUACAUUGGUUCUAUGUGUAGUAGUUUGGUUAAAUGUAAUGCCACAACAACUUGCAGUGGAAAUGGUUAUUGUAAUGAUCUUGAACAAUGUACUUGUUUUGCUGAUAACAAGAAGGGUUUCUGGAAGGGUGAAUCUUGUUCCUCAUGUGCUGAUGGAGUUUAUGGUGAAUUGUGUUCAACCAAGAUUAUUGGACCAGUUCUUUUUAUGGAUGAUUUGACUGGUUUGAAAUUUAAGGUUGUUGCACCUGCAUCUUAUUCUUCUACAUAUACCAAUAGUAUGAUUCUUGAUUGUAACAAGUUGUUGAAGAGUGUUGAUCUUCUUGGAACCAAACCAAAAUGUUACUGGACUAACAAGGAAACCUUUGAAUUCUCAAUUGAACUUGAUUCUGAUUACAAAUUGAAGGCAGGUGAUAGUAUCUCUUUGAAUAAUUUAUACUUUGAAUCAAAUAAUACCGCGGUUCAAUAUUUGGCAUUUACCGUCCAGGCUGCUUUAUCACCAAAAAGACCAAUUGCCACAAUCUCUGGAGCUAAGGAAACUUAUGGAAGUUGUGAAGAUGUUUUAAUUGAUGCUUCUGAAAGUUAUUCACCUGAUAGAAAGGCAUUAAAUUUCAAAUGGACUGUAUUGUUAGCACCUAAUAAGGUAGCACUUCAAAACUUGUUGGAUACAUCUCUUGUUUCUCCAAGUAAAUUGAAUGUUAGCUAUUCUGGUAUGAAUGCUGGUUUCCAUAAAUUUGAAUUGGCCGUAACCAGUCAAGUUUAUUCAUUGGUUGAUAAGAUUCAAGUCAGUUUCACAAAACUUGCGUAUGCUGUUCCAGUUGUUUCCAUUGAUGGUUUAUAUGAAAGAAGUACAAUUACUGUCAAGACUAGUGAUGUUCCAAUUUCAGUCAAGAAGAAGCUUUCCAUUCCAACAUACAUGGACUCUGCUGCAAAUAUUGACUACACAUGGAAACAAAUAAGUGGUCCUCAAGUAGAAUUCGCAGUUGAUUCAUUCAAGAAUUUAAAGAUUACCAAAUUCAAUACCAUUGGAAAUAUUCAAUAUGUUUUCAAAGUCUCUGCUUUCGAUACUUCUAAUAUUGACAGAGUUUCAACGGCUGAGGUCAAUAUCAACACUGUAGCUCAAGCACUCUCAAUGAACAUGUAUGUUUUAGAUUCUACUCCUCAAUACAGUACCAUUGGAUUAGAUUUCACUGAUCCUGAGUCUGAAAAUGUUCAACCAACUUAUUCUUGGACAUGUGUGAAUACUGUUACAAACACUGCUUGUCCAGCUGCUGUUGUAAAUUACUUAUCUCAAGGUGUUCUUGAACAAUACAAGAUUGAAAAGUCAAUUGUUGGUUCAGCAGAAAAUGUUAGAAUUAGCCUUAAUAUUCAAAAGGGAAGUAGAUCUGUUCAAUCAUCAGUUGAUUUGAUUUUACCACAACAAGCAGAGAAUGUCAUCAUGCCACCUUUGAUCUCUGUUGUUCAAGUAUCUUCCUCAAAGGUAAAUAAGGGAGAUUAUGUCAGCGUUCAAUUGGUUGUCACUAUUAACGGUGAUUCAAAUAUUGAUCAAUUCAUCACUAGAACAUGGUUAUUGAAUGAUAAGGCCAUUGAUGCUGUAUUGACAUCACCUAUGAGCAGCAGUCCAUCAUUGUCAAAUUCUCUCAUUUUGGAUACCCAAUAUUUGGAUGAAGGUAGUUCUAAUACCAUUUCAUUAACUGUCUUGGAUAAUAGAAAUAAUCAAAAGACAUCAUAUUCUUAUUCCUUCUCUGUUAACAGACCUCCAAAGGCAUGUAGUUGUGCCAUUAGUCCAACUUCUGGUGUUGCCUUGACCACAAUCUUUAAUUUCAAUUGUGAAAAUUGUCAAAACGAUAAGAAGACUUAUGCUUUCGAAUAUGGUUUCAUUGAUGAUUUCUCAGGCUCUUUUAUUUCCUUAUCCAAGGAUGAAGAAUUGUAUCAAAAACUUCCAACUCCAAAUUCUGGCAAUAAUCUUGAACUUUAUGUUAAGGUUAUUGAUACUGAAACACUUGCAACAACUCUUUCCAAACAAUCAGUUCAAAUUACAGCUCCGUCCGUAGAAAAUGUCAUGGAAGUCAAGGAUUACAUUACAAAAUGGAAUGCCAUCUCCUCAUUAUUACCAUCUGGUGAUUAUGCUAGAUCUGUUUUCAACUCUGCAACCAUUUCAAGAACUUUCCAGAGAAUGAGAGAUUCCUUCCUCACAACUACAUCAAGAAGUGUAAGGACUGAUUGUUCUGGUCAUGGAUUUUUGAUUAAAGAAAAAUGUGUAUGUGAGGAAGAUUACACAACAUCUGACUGUAGAAUGACAAAGAAAGAUUAUGAAAUUUUGAAUGGAAUUAAUCAAGAUUUGGCAACUGCAUUCUUCUCUUCUCAACAAGUCAAGUCUGAAAAUGGAGAAAAGACAACUGGAAAGUUCUUUACUAACAUAAUGUUCGGUGUUGAAUCUUUAUUGAAGAGUGACGUUUCUGCCAAUCUCUAUAAUAAGAGUUUGAAUAUUAUCAGGUCAACCUUGGAUGAUGCUGAAAAUUCUCCAUCAUUCCAAGUUGAAGUCGGUGCUGAUAAGCUGUUAAUUUCAUCACUCAACUCAAUGCAUUCGUACUUAAAGACUUUACCUUCUUAUGAUUAUUCAGAAUUGAUGGAAAGUUGUCACAUGUUGGCAUCAUUACUUUCAAGAAAGGUUCUUGUUGGUCAAUCUUCUUCCAAGUUUGAAACUAAUUUUGCAGUUCAUCAAUUCAACAAGCAAUUUAAGAAUACUUUUGAUUCUCAAGUAUUGACAGAAAGUAAAACUUCAUUGACCCUUCCUUCAACUGUUUCUCAAAGGUUACAAAGCGUGUCUCUCAGAAAGCCAGUCAAUUACAUUUGGAUGAUUAUUAAGGAUGUUUCUCAAAUUAUUACUCCUCAAGAUGGUAAAACUAAUACUAUUGUUUCAGAUUUGUCUGAAAUUAAAUUCUCAACAUCUAUUACAAACUAUUCCUCACCAAUUACUCACUCCUUGCCACUUACACAAACCUUUAAUGAUAAGGCAACUUAUUCAUGCAUUCAAGUUACAAACGGUCAAGUCAUUGAUGCUUCUUCAUGUAAAUUCUCUUUCAAUACUAAUUAUGGAAACUGUGAAUGUUCAGAAAAUGUUAGAGUUGGUAUUUUAUCAUCUAUUCCAAUUGAAAAACCGGUUAAUCCUGAAACUCCAAAGAGAAUCUCUGAUUUAUUCUGGAUUUUGUGGUCUUUCUUGAUUAUUUGCUUUAUCAUUUUUGCCUUUAUUGUAUUGGGAAUUGUUGGUUGGUAUGUUGUUAAGAAAAUGAAACCAGAAACCAGUAAUGAAUCAAAACAAGGAGUUGAACUGAAAUCGGUUUAA